AUGUUGCAAUUAAUUGCACCGUCAGGAUGUGUUAUAACAAGAACGAAAUCGCGGAGAGAGGAGCGGUUACGUGCCUGGCGUCAGUCUUGUAAGGCGUUCGAUUUAGAGAGGGCUGAACCGACUAAUCUUGAUACUCGUACUACCUCAUUGAUCUUUGCCAAACAAAAGGUGGCUUUCAGUAUUUCCGAAAUCUCUCUAAGUAUGAUGUUGCAAAGGGUUCCGAAAUCAUCAAUAGUCUUUGCAUUGGUGCACAGUGGUUCACAGGGCCCACCAUCAUCAUCUUUUUUUGGUACCACCAGUGUCGCACACAUAUAUAGUGGCAUUCCGAAGGGGGGUUCUCCGCACCGGACCAACCGAUGUCACACCGGAUCCCAUUUGGUCCAUGCUCCCGCAAAUCCAGACGAAUUCUGGUCUACACCCAUUCCAAAAAUCCCUUUGACCUAUGUCCGGCAGCUCCUGGGCCAACACGAGUUACAAAGCCCUCACGUUCCCACCAACUCCUCGUGGGUCUUUAGAAUCAACAACCAUUGGUUGUCCCAAUUAUCUUUUCGGGCCCACCCAGCGUAUAUAGAGAUCAAUCAUGAUGAACCGCUCAGGCGUUGGAAUGGCGCUUGGACCUUCUCGAGCAAAUUGCAUCGCCGGGGUCGAAUUGAUUUAGACCCUUUGCCUGUGGAAGUUCAAGCGUUUUCUUCAAACUCAGAAAAAUCUCAUUUCAAGCUAUGUCAAGAAAAGUACUUUACAGCAAUACUCUUACAAGAGUUUUGCAAUGAAGUGAAGAGAAAGACGUCGCUUAUCACUCUGGCCGAAGCACAGCUUGCUUCCAAUGUUCGUUUUGCCGAAAACUAUGUUCUUGCCCAAAGUAACAAAUUCGGUUCGCACUCCAUGUAUUCUUUGCAGGAGCGUUUGACUGGUCCAGUUGAAAGAACAUCGGACACCAGUUAUGAGCCACCCACCGAAGGUCUUGUACCCAUGCUGUGUUUCCUGAAUUGCUUCACGCAUUACACUUACUGGUAUACGAAGCACCAAGCGGUUAUCAAUGGGUUCCAUUAUGUUGGAAACAUCAUUUUUGACUCUCUCAUUGUUGAUCACCAGUCAGUGAUCCCUAAAAGCGUCCGAGUGGUCCUGUUUGCUGAUCAUUCAUAUACGCCCAUAGGUACACUUGGCACGCCGGAUAUAUGUCAGCAUGUAUAUCCCACUUUGAGAGAGACCACCGGUGCAACCGCCUCUGUCGGGUUUUAG